GCGGUGACGUCAGUGGGCUGGGACCAAGGAGAUGAUUUCUCUCAGGGUGGGUCACAGGUGAAACAUCCAAGCAAACAUGGCCGUCGGGAGGAGCGGGGGCGAGCCGUGUGGAUUCAGCCUGGAGAAGGGGCCCCGGCAGUUGAUGAGAACUGGUAUUGCGCUGAUCUUUGUGGGUCAUGUGAAUUUUAUCCUGGGGGCCAUUGUUCAUGGGACAGUCUUAAGGCACGUGGCCAAUCCAGAGAAGAAAGUGAGCCCGGAGUAUUUUACCGCCAAUAUCAUCUCUGUCGUGUCUGGACUGUUGAGCAUCAUGACGGGGAUCUGCGCCAUCUUGACCUCCAGGAACCUUGCAAGAACCAAACUUCACUGGGCCCUCCUGGUCAUCUCCUUGCUGAAUGCUCUGCUCUCAGCUGCCUGUUUUGUGGGUCUUGUUUUAUCCAUCUCGCUCACAAUUGCCAAUGGAGGCAAGAACCUCGUAUCUGGAUGUAAUGCCACAGUGCUUCCGGCAGACACCCGCUCCGUCAUCAUGAGUAAUGAAUGCCCGUUCGACACUACGCGGAUCUAUGACACAACUCUGGCUCUCUGGUUGCCCUCCAUGUUCCUGUCUGCAGUGGAGGCUGCACUGUCUACCCGCUGCUGUGUGGUGGCAUUCAUAUUGAGGGGUAUUGGACCAUGUGGGGAGACCUACCUCAGAGAAAAGCUGCAGGAAGAGGGGGCCGAGAAGGAGCGGCUGGAGGAUUGUAUGAGACCCGAAACUCACCAGCUGAUCGAGGCACAGGCCUGAGGAUUACACUGAGAUGUUGAAUAAUGAGGGC